UUGUCACUUUCUUAAAUACACAAUAUUUCUUGCAGAAACAACAUCAGGGCAAACAUCUAUUAAAGAAUCACAGAACAGUGCAUUUCUUCCUGAGGAAAUAUCAACCACUAGCCUGAAUGUAGUUCCUACAACAGAAAAAGCAUCAACAGAAACAACCAUUCAAGAAACAGAAAGUACCACAUCUCCAUCUCGAAGUACAUUAGGCCCUACUCCUGUUCCUGUUACUACAGCAGAAACAACAUCAGGGCAAACAUCUAUUAAAGAAUCACAGAACAGUGCAUUUCUUCCUGAGGAAAUAUCAACCACUAGCCUGAAUGUAGUUCCUACAACAGAAAAAGCAUCAACAGAAACAACCAUUCAAGAAACAGAAAGUACCACAUCUCCAUCUCGAAGUACAUUAGGCCCUACUCCUGUUCCUGUUACUACAGCAGAAACAACAUCAGGGCAAACAUCUAUUAAAGAAUCACAGAACAGUGCAUUUCUUCCUGAGGAAAUAUCAACCACUAGCCUGAAUGUAGUUCCUACAACAGAAAAAGCAUCAACAGAAACAACCAUUCAAGAAACAGAAAGUACCACAUCUCCAUCUCAAAGUACAUUAGGCCCUACUCCUGUUCCUGUUACUACUGCAGAAACAACAUCAGGGCAAACAUCUAUUAAAGAAUCACAGAACAGUGCAUUUCUUCCUGAGGAAAUAUCAACCACUAGCCUGAAUGUAGUUCCUACAACAGGUAAAAACUGUCCAUUAUUACUUUGUUAGU